AAGCAACGUUAGCAGAGUUAGCUAGUUUCGAGCAUCCAUGUUCAAAAGCGAUGAUUGAUGCAGCAGCCUCAAAUCAACAGUCGGUAGGUUGAGCAGAUGGCCGGAAGGAUCUUAUCGUGGCUAAUGCAUCAAUGUAUGCAUGUACAGUACAUAGAUCCAUUCCGCUAUUGUUUGAGAUGCAAGGAUUUCAUUUUAUGGUCUCAAAUGCCUUUCGUUACGUAUUCGAUUAUGGAAGGGAGGAUGAAAUCUUAAAGCACCGCCAAAUCGUCAUUUCCACUUCGGCCGUGGCUCCAAUGUCCCAAGCAAAGUCCCAAGCGUGUUGGAAUCUUGGAAGUAUUUAGGGUUCUUGAACAUCGAGUCAGACUGUCAGAUAUCCCAAAACGUGAUAACUAAUAACGUUGGUAACGAACGUUCAGCGGGAUUACGCAGCUUCGGACCGCUUCUAGGUCUCGUCUCUCCUUGGGUAUUGGAAGGAAUCUACCAAGGGCUACUAGUUAUAUCCGCGAAACUCAGCUUGAUACAGAUCUGACACUACCCCCAGCCCCCGCUGGCCUGGCGGAAGAAUGGCAGCAGCAGUCUGGUUUCACCCGCCGCUGAUGUAAAGGGCAGCGUGCACAUUUCCCCUCAUCUGACUGACGCGUGUUUGAACCCAUUCUCUGGAUAAUAAAUAGAGCCUGUCUUGCCAAAUUGAUUGUUAUCCAGAUAUCUUCUUCCUUCAUGGUGUUUGUUUUUCAAGGCGCAACGAAGGGCUAAAUCCGGCUUGCCCAACCUGUGUCUUGCAAGAAACUCCUCCGAAAGGUCAAUCAAUCUAUGGCCACCAACCUACAUCGAGAACGCAUAUAUAUAGUCUGCUGAGCUCCCUUCUAGCCGCAUCGGGCAGCUUCAGGGAACUGUCAACUGCUUUUAUUCCUUCUAUAGUCGUCUUGGUCACAGUAUUAACACACAAGCCUUUGAUACCGAUACCCAACGCCAAACAUCUGAAAACAUGGAGAAACAUCAAGACAUCCCGAGCAUAAUAGACCGGGACACCAAAAGCCUUGAACCUCUCCUCCCUGAAGAACAUGUCAUCUCUGGCCCGAAGCGAAUGUCUCUUUCGCGACUAAGUCUAUUCGCUGUGAAGAUUCUGACUCUGACACUCCUGGUCACGAUAACUAUAUAUAAAUAUUUUUCUUCAUCGCUUUCCCCACCCUCACUAUACGCUGUUUCCCUCAGAGUCAUCCCGCCCGUAGAGUUACAACACACACAGUCUGCCUACGAAGCCAGGUGCGGUAACUCCCCUGCCGAAGCGCGCAAGCUGGGCUGCCGCUUUGACAUGAUAACUUUCAGCUGGCAACACAAAGACUGCUGGGACGAAACACUGUACAUGCAUUUCCUAACCCGGUAUAAAAAUACCUGGUAUUGGGAGACACUAGACGGAGAACCCGUGCCGGUCGACGAAGUGUUGGCGGGCCAUCAUCAAGUCCUAAAUACGACGUGGGGUUUCUACAUCGUCCAUUGUCUCUAUGCGAUGGAACGAGCGGCGCAGGGUUCGCCCCCGUCACGGUUGACACGGGUGGGUGCACGACGGCAGCUGUUGGAGGAUUGGUCGCCUCCGUAUCUGCAUGCAAAGCAGUGCAUGCUUGAUCUGAUGAAUCCGGGGAGGUAUGCGCGGACAACAAUGAUGACCACUACGAGGAUGUGGUAUCCGGCUUGCGAACCGAUAUCGGCCAAUUGACCUGUUGAUUGAUGGAUGGAUUGAAUUGAGCAUGUACGGUGUCCGACUGGGCCUUUUAAUUAAUUGUGUGAUAUAUGGGCGGGACGGGUGGCGUUGCAUGGAAUUUUCUCAUUAGGUACAUACCCCGCCUGGUUUUAGAUCCUCGUCGUUUAUACACGCAUAGAGCCAGUGGGUAUGUAUUUGUAUACAACACAAUAACGAACGAACUGAUAUAUACCUGAACAUUGGAAAGCUGUCUAUGAGUUGUAUAGGAGGAGUCAAAAAGUAUUAUUGCCAGCCGUUGAGUGCAUCUACCAUUGGAGGAUUUGGAGCGCCUCAGCCAAUGCGGACCGACCUUGAGUAGCUCAACGAAUGAUCUAGUUAAUAAAUACUAAAUCGGAAAUUUUACCAUGUGAUCAAACGCCAUUGAAAACAGACAGGGGCGUCAAAACUUGAAGUUUCAUAAUAGAUCUGGGCCAAUGCGACCCAUAUCAGGAGGUUUAAAACUUCCGAGGAGCUUGAAUGAGAUAUGGAUAUCAUUAUCC